CCGGGCCGGGUGGGGCGGGAUGGCGGCGGCCACCGCGCUGCUGCAGGCCGGCCUGGCGCGGGUGCUCUUCUACCCGACGCUGCUCUACACCCUGUUCCGGGGAAAGGUGCCGGGUCGGGCGCACAGGGACUGGUACCACCGCAUCGACCCUACAGUGCUGCUGGGCGCGCUGCCGUUGCGGAACAUGACGCGCCAGCUGGUACAGGACGAGAACGUGCGCGGGGUGAUCACCAUGAACGAGGAAUAUGAGACAAGAUUCCUGUGCAACUCUUCACAGGAGUGGAAGAGACUAGGAGUCGAGCAGCUGCGGCUCAGCACAGUAGACAUGACUGGGAUCCCCACUUUGGCCAACCUCCAGAAGGGAGUCCAAUUUGCUCUCAAGUACCAGUCGCUGGGUCAAUGUGUCUACGUACAUUGUAAGGCUGGGCGUUCCAGGAGUGCCACUAUGGUGGCAGCAUACCUGAUUCAGGUACAAAAGUUUUUUCUGGGCCAGGCAUCAUGGCAGGCGCCUAUAAUCUGUGGCCUUGUCCACAUUCAGGGGGUCACCUCGUAG